UUUCACACUUUCAUGAAUAUUCAUAUUAUGUGGGUGGGCACAGACGCCAACUGUGCUUAAAUAGGAAGAGCGUCUGUACUUCAGCACCCACUGAACUCUGAGGAUAACCAUUCAAAGGAAUUAUCAUUCGGGAGAGUUUUCUUCAUCUUAAAAAAGUAACACAACUCAACUGAAAUGGACACAAUGCAUGAGAUCAUUCCAUUUGCAAAGGAAAUGCUGAGUGCCGGCCCAUCCAAAGGCUGUCUGAAGGUUUACUUGGUCGGUGGCACAAUCGCCUUCCUGGGAAUGAUAAGUGGAGCGAUACAGGUUGCCUCUUCCUUCUUUCCUGACCAAGAGGAGCCUGACAUUGAGAUGCUAAAGGUGCAGGAAUUAGUAACAGUGAAGGAACAGAUCCAAGAGCCACAGACCUCCAUCGCAGACGACGACGAAAUGGACCCUGAGAUGGAGACCAAGGCCAAAGAGUUGUAUGGGACUAGGCAGAGGCGCAUGAGUUUCAGGGCACACGCUUCAUAAGGCUUUUCUGCUGCUCUUUUGUGCCUGUUGCAAGAAAGUCAAGCCAUAAAAGAUGUUUUGCUUGUGCACUAAAAUGUGGGACAUGUCCAGAGGAAAUCCACAAACUGCUGAAAGCUGCAGAGCAGCAGAAAGAUGGAAAUGACUUGAUAGUUUGACUGUUACGUAUGUCUGUUUAGAUGGUGUAAAGAUUUUCUUUCAGGUGAACUAUUUAUAAAGGAUGUAUGAAAGUUAUGUGCAGACUGUGCUAUGUAAUAAAUUCAUAUAAAUGCUCAAA